UUUGCCAUAUUGCUCAAUGUGUCACUUCCAACAAGAAGCAUCUAUCUUCCAUAUUUGAGUUAUUACAUUAUUCUUUGCUAUCUCCAUUGGUCUUUCUUUUCUAGUGUUAAUUUCUCAACCAACAUUUUUUUCUUCCUUCUUAAACACAAAAACAUGCCUGCCUAUGAUAACACUUCAUCAGUCUCCGGUGGCGACCAAACCGUGUGUGUCACCGGUGCUGGCGGGUUUAUAGCUUCUUGGCUUGUCAAACUUCUCUUGGAAAGAGGUUACACUGUUAGAGGAACCGUCCGAAACCCAGAGGAUCCAAAGAAUGGUCACUUAAAAGAAUUGGAAGGAGCAAGAGAGAGGUUAACUUUGCAUAAGGUUGAUCUUCUUGAUCUUCAAUCUAUCCAAUCUGUUGUUCAUGGUUGCCAUGGUGUGUUCCACACAGCCUCUCCUGUCACUGACAACCCUGAUGAGAUGUUAGAGCCAGCAGUGAAUGGAACUAAGAAUGUGAUUAUAGCGUCCGCGGAAGCUAAAGUGCGACGUGUUGUUUUCACUUCAUCGAUUGGAACGGUCUAUAUGGACCCAAAUACUAGUAGAGAUGUUGUCGUUGAUGAAUCAUAUUGGAGUGAUUUAGAGCAUUGCAAGAACACCAAGAACUGGUAUUGUUAUGGGAAGACAGUGGCUGAACAAUCAGCAUGGGAUAUAGCAAAAGAAAAUCAAGUUGAUUUGGUUGUGGUGAACCCAGUUGUAGUUCUUGGACCAUUGUUACAACCAACAAUUAAUGCUAGUACAAUUCACAUACUCAAGUACCUUAAUGGUGCUGCAAAAACUUAUGUGAAUGCAACACAAUCUUAUGUUCAUGUUAAGGAUGUGGCAUUAGCACAUCUUCUUGUUUAUGAGACAAAUUCUGCUUCUGGUAGAUACAUAUGUUGUGAAACUGCUUUGCAUCGUGGUGAGGUUGUUGAAAUUUUGGCCAAGUAUUUUCCUGAGUACCCACUUCCUACCAAAUGUUCAGAUGAAAAGAAUCCAAGAGUGAAACCUUAUAAAUUUUCAAAUCAAAAGCUGAAAGACUUGGGAUUGGAAUUCACACCUGUGAAGCAAUGUUUAUAUGACACUGUUAGGAGUCUACAAGAGAAAGGACACCUUCCUAUUCCUCCCAUGCAAGAAGACUCUGCUUAAGUUACAACAAAAUGCUAUAAUAGUACUCUUAUAGAGGGGUUUUAAGAAGAAAAAAUGAAUUAGAGUUUAAAAUUAACAUGAAGUUUAUAAUUUAUAUAUUAUUAGCUUUUUGUUCCUUUUAUCAUAUUUUAAUUUUUUAUAUAUAUAAUUAUCAUAUUUUAAAUUUGAGUCUCCUAAUUGUAUUUUUUGGUUAUCUAUUUGUAUUAAUAUAAAACUAGUUUUAAAGAUUGUACCAAACACUAUUAAAUUAAAUUUGAA